UGCUACCCGCAUCUGUCAAGAAAGACUGAUGGCAGUGUCAUUGCCAGUAAAGAGGAAGCCUGCACAUAGAUGAGACCAUGUCUUUUAAACUGGAUCUACAGAUGACCGAGAGCUGACGACAGUCAUCAUUAGUCAAACUUACAGAAUAAUACUCACUUUAACAUUGAUACUCACUCAGUGGAUGAAUAUCCAUGAUGGAACCAGAGGAAAGUCAGCCGUUACUGUCACACAGGCGGACACACAGCUCCCCUCCCCCGCGAAUCACCAUACAUGCAGGCAUGGGUGUGGCUAAGGUUGUGAAAAUGGUAGCCAAAAACUACUGUAAAAAGUGCUGUUCUGUGGAAAAUUUAAAGGAAAGAGUUCCAAUUACUAACUGGCUACCCAAAUAUAACCUUCACACCUUGCAGUGCGAUUUGGUUGCUGGUCUGACUGUGGCACUGACAGUGAUACCCCAGGGACUGGCAUACGCCAAGAUAGCACGACUACCCACACAGUAUGGCCUGUACUCGGCAUUUAUGGGUUGUUUUGUGUACUGCUUCCUGGGGACAGCCAAAGACAUUACACUUGGACCCACAGCCAUAAUGUCCCUGAUGACAGCUGCAUUUGCCUAUUCUCCUGUGGAGAAUGACCCUACCUAUGCAAUAGUCCUCUGUCUCCUGUGUGGAUGUGUACAAUUCCUCAUGGGCGUCCUUAACCUUGGUAUUUUAGUGAACUUUAUAUCCUACCCUGUCAUCAAUGCCUUUACUUCAGCUGCAGCCAUCACCAUCGGCUUUGGUCAAGUCAAGGGAAUAUUUGGGCUGACUGAUAUACCGAGGGACUUUCCACAUAUGGUGUAUGAAACAUUUAGAAAGCUUCCAGAAACCAAAGUUUGGGAUAUGACCAUGGGACUUAUAUGUCUAAUACUUCUCUUCCUACUAAAGGUAAGUUUUGUCUCUUCUACUAAAGAAAUAGUGGAGACACUUUUGUGUGUAAAAGUUUGUCGUUACAUUGUGUGGCUGACUGGAACAGCUGCUAACGCCAUCAUCGUGAUCACAGCAGCUGGAGUGGUAGCUAUCCUAAGGAGCCAGGAUAUCAAUGAUGCCAUCAGCAUAACAGGAGAUAUCAAGGCAGGAUUACCUCCCUUUAGAGCACCUUCCUUUUCCGUUCAGAAUGGAAAUGACACCAUAUCAGCAGGCACUAUCUUCUCUGGUAUUGGAGCAGGUAUAGGUAUAGUACCACUACUUGGCCUUGUGGAACUCAUCGCCAUUGGAAAAGCCUUUGCUCGACAAAAUAAUUACAAAAUCUUUCCAAACCAGGAGUUGAUAGCUAUUGGUAUUGCUAACAUAUUGAGCUCCUUCAUGUCUUCAUACCCAGUGACAGGAAGCUUCUCCAGAACUGCUGUUAAUUCCCAGAGUGGUGUGAAAACUCCAGCUUCAGGUAUUGUUACAGGUGCCGUGGUGCUUAUAGCCCUGCAGUUCCUCACUCCUCUUUUCUUCUACAUCCCCAAGGCUGCAUUGUCAGCAGUCAUCAUCUCAGCUGUCAUACAGAUGGUCGACUACAAAAUUGUCAAAAAACUAUGGAAGGCAAACAAAAUUGACCUGAUUCCCUUGUUUGUGACAUUCGUGUCCUCCUUAGGUGUUGGAAUAGAGUAUGGGAUCCUUAUUGGUGUCGGUGUGGACCUGCUGUUGUUACUCUAUCCUAUAGCUAGACCUAAAAUUGAUGUGUCCGAGUUGGGAGUGGUUGUACUGAAGGUGGACCAGGGGGUGCGUUUCCCUGCUGUAGACUUCCUACAGAACACAGUGACUGAGGCAGCCACCAUUCAAGGUGAUAAACUGAGAUCAGUUGUUGUGGACUGUACGUAUGUCACGGCGACAGAUUAUAGUUCUGUACAGGGCAUUAUUGAGCUGAUUGCAGAAUUCAAACGAAAAGAUGCAAGAAUUGUCUUUGCAUGUCUUGGUACCAAAGUGUUGGACACUUUACAAGACAGAGAUAUCCCAGACUUUCUAGUCAGUUCCACUGUAGAGGAAGGCUGCAAAUUUCUACAAGAUGAGUUGAGUCCCGAGUUUGGUGACCUUGGAAAAAGUGGAGAGACAACUGUGGUUGUACCACCGGACUAUUCCGGCAUUAGACUGUGAUAAGGUGUGACAUAAUGGACUGUUGUAGGCUGAUACUCAAGAGGGAUGUAGUUCUCUGUGCUCUUAGUCUGUUGGUAACAGCCAUUAAUAGAUAGGAGGAUCCAAGGCAAAAAACUGGAAUUCAAGACUUCAGUCAUAGCAUAAUUCUGUCUUAUUUGUACAUCAAAAUCCUCAGGAUUUAUCCAAGUCAUAUCUGACAAGCAAACCAAUGUUGUGACAAGUAGAGCCAAAAUUUUCUGUUAUUUAACAAAAGUCCUUUCUUGAAUUUAAGAAAACAAAUGUUAAAAAUGAUUUUAAUGUAAAUUCCAUGUUAGCUUCAUUACUGAUUUAAUUCUAAGACGUUUUCCAGAUUUUGAUCAUUGUGCUACAAAAGUGAAAGAUCUUGUCCAAAUGUUUUAUGCAGUCUGAUGUAUAAAAUGACAUUCCAGAACUCCAGUUAAAUUGCUCCAGAAAACUGCCUCCUGUCUCUCUUAAUUCACUGCUUACGACAAAAGGUUUGUGAUUGUAUAGUUUGAGUCAUUAUUCGAGUUUAUUUUUAUACUGCUAUUACAUAUUGGCAUAUUUUACUCUAUACACAUGUUCAUGACCAAUAAUGUGAUCUAUAUUUACAUCACGGCUAUCAGAAUCAUUCUUUCAGAAUGUAC